AUUUCUGGGGUUUGAUGCAUUGUUUUGAUUUUCAGCUCCAAAUGUAAUGUAGUUACGGCCUUUAGCCAGCAGGUGGCAGAGUUGCUCGUUGUAAACAGGGCAUUACUGGCCUUGCCUUGAUCUCCAUUUUGUAUGUUUUUCUUCGAGGUUAGCACCCUCCUUUCUAGUGGUUAGCUGCAGAACGUAAGCAGUGUGGCAUUUUUGCAUGAAUACUCGCUGCAAAAAUUGGAAGUGGGAACCUGAAAGCUGUUAGAGCACGCCUAGAUAAACGCGUUUUGUUCUUUAUUUUAGCCAUGUAGCGACGACACGACGGGGGAAGGUUAAUAGAAUCUGUCAGCGUGUUGUGAACUGCCACUUGCAACCAAAACAAUGUUGACUGAUGACCUGUGGACACUUGUCAGCAGCCAGUCUCUUCAAGGAUGAAUCGAGGUGGAGGGAAGAAGGUAACAUUCAGAGGAAAUGACCAUCUGAGCAAGCUGGUCUACACCGAGAGUCCUGAAGAGGGAGGUCUGUUAAAAGUGGCCCCUCAUAGCGCUGUGUCCCUCACCUCUGCCUCUUCCAUCGUUCUUCCAUCCAGCCCCCUGAUGCAGCCAGGACAGGUGGCGAACGGUCUCAGCAACAGCCCCUUUCCAGAUGAGCUUACCUCCGCCUCGGCCCCUGCCACCAUUGGUUCCUUGGUAGAAAGUCCAGAACCCAGGGGUGUGACCAAAGAUAUUAGGCUUCAGCAGACACUCUUAUUUCAGACUCAGACUUCCACUGCUUUUGGGCAUCAGAACUUGCCCCAGUUGGAGGCCAGUAUGGUAGACAUUACCCAGUCCUCCAUGGAUUCUCUCAUCGGGGGGUCAGACCCCAACUUGUUCGCCAUGAAAACAGAAGAUUUCUCCUUGGAUAAAGGAGAGCAGGAUCCCACUGAUUUUGAUAAUGCCUUCGACUCAAUCAGUAAAGAUGUGGACAUGAACCAGAAACUGUUCAACGAUGCAUCUCUGGACCUUCUUCAGGAGUUUGACCUCACGGCAUCCCCCUCUGACUUUUAUGUAGGAGAUGAUGCAUUUCUGACCACUUUGGUAGAUGAGUCUUUGCUUGUGGACGGGGAAAUCCGAGGCACAUUCGAAAGGGACAUAAAACCGGCCAUAAUCGAGAGCAUUAACACCACUGGGGCGCUCACUGCUGCCCUCGAUGGCAACAGUGCUACAAGUCCACAUGAAUCCAUCUCAGGCUUCUCCUCCCCUGCUUCCACCCCGACCACCACUUUGCCCGUCGUGGUGAAAAAAGAGAAAGAUACAGGCUUCAUUCAGCUCUGCACCCCAGGUGUGAUUAAGCAGGAGAAGGCUGCUGGAGGCUACUGUCAAAUAAGCUCCACAAACCCCAUUUCCAUUUGUGGGGUGAGCACUUCAGGAGGACAGAGCUUUCAUUUUGGAGUCAACUCCAGAAACAACGAGUCUCUGCUGCAGAAGGAUCAGAAGCCGGUGUCCGGCUUGUACCUUCCAGUGACGACCAUCGGUGGAGCCUGGAACCGUAGCCCGAGUGUGGGCGACAACUCGCCAAUCCACCGGUCUGAUGAUGCCUUCUCCAGCUCCCCCACCUACCCCAGCAGCUUUGGCAGUUCUGCCCCCAGACUGGAAGGGGGCACCGCCUCAUCCACGGCACAGGGGAAGAGUGGCGCCCAUAAAAUCUGCCUGGUGUGUUCUGAUGAGGCUUCGGGCUGCCAUUAUGGCGUUCUCACCUGUGGGAGCUGCAAGGUCUUCUUCAAGAGAGCAGUGGAAGGUCAGCAUAACUACCUGUGUGCUGGGAGGAACGACUGCAUCAUCGAUAAGAUCAGGCGGAAGAACUGUCCCGCUUGCCGCUUCCGCAAGUGUCUGAUGGCAGGGAUGAACCUCGAAGCUCGCAAAGCCAAGAAACUGAAUCGCUUAAAAGGCGUCCAGAGCAGCAACCCCCCCGAGCUGAUGCCUUCGCCCCCCAUCGAGGCCCAUUCCAUCGUACCCAAGUGCAUGCCGCAGCUCGUCCCCACCAUGCUGUCUCUGCUCAAGGCCAUAGAGCCAGACACCAUCUACGCCGGCUACGACAGCUCCCUCCCUGACACCUCCACCCGCCUCAUGAGCACCCUCAACAGGCUGGGGGGGCGACAGGUCAUCUCUGCCGUGAAGUGGGCCAAGGCUCUUCCAGGUUUUAGGAACCUGCACCUGGACGACCAGAUGACCCUGCUGCAGUGCUCCUGGCUGUUCCUCAUGUCCUUCAGCCUCGGCUGGAGGUCGUACCAGCAGUGCAACGGGAACAUGCUCUGCUUUGCCCCGGACCUUGUCAUUAACGACGAGCGGAUGAAGCUGCCCUACAUGGCCGAGCAGUUUGAGCAGAUGCUGAAGAUUUCCAGCGAGUUUGUUCGCCUGCAGGUUUCUCAUGACGAGUACCUUUGCAUGAAGGUCCUGCUGCUGCUCAGCACAGUACCCAAGGACGGCCUGAAGAGCCAGGCGGUGUUUGAUGAGAUCCGCAUGUCAUACAUCAAGGAGCUGGGGAAAGCCAUCGUGAAGCGCGAGGAGAAUUCCAGCCAGAACUGGCAGCGGUUCUAUCAGCUCACCAAGCUGCUGGACUCCAUGCACGAGAUGGUCGGCGGCCUGCUCAGCUUCUGUUUCUACACCUUUGUGAAUAAAUUCCUGAGCGUAGAGUUUCCCGAGAUGCUGGCGGAGAUCAUCAGCAAUCAGUUACCAAAAUUCAAGGCCGGGAGUGUCAAACCGCUCCUCUUCCAUCAGAGAUGACUGUCUCCUGUAGCAAACACAAGGCCUUAAAUCCCACCCCAUCCACGCUAGGAGAACCGGAGUGACUACCUAACGCCAGGAGUUUUCAGGCGCCAGAAUGCAUCCGUGUGAAGCGGGCUGGUGGGAUGGGGCCAGGCGGCCAGAGCGCCACACGUUUUGCUUUGUUUGAGAUGUUAAUAAGAGUAGGAAAAGCUUUGCUAAAGCUAAUCGCAAAGAGAACUAGGCUAACAUUAAUGUCGUCUCAGGUGUCUUACUUUCAAAACUAGUACAAGAUCUAAAAUAGAUGCAACAAUGACCUAUGUACAGCUUCUGAUAGUAUUUUCUACAUUUUCAAAUUUGCGACAGUUUAUAGAACUUUUCCAGUUCACUGUUACCUAAGAUGGUAGCGAAGCUUGAAACUGGCUCUUACGAAGGCUCCUUGUGUUCUUCUGAUUUCUGGUUUUUAUAGGAGGAGGUUGUAACGAUGUGUUUUUUCUGUCACACAGAGCAAAAAACUCAGUUUUUCUAGUGAUUUCAAAAAGCAUCUUUCUUUGCUUUGAUGAUGUAACUAUUAACAUAGUUCUGUGGGCCUGUUGGCUAACGUCCACCAAUAAUAAUAAUUUCUCCCACAAGCUGACCUCUUCCAGGUUUACACGUCGAUUACAAAAGGGAAAAAGAUGUGCCUUUUUUUUUUUGCUUCAGAAAAAAAAACAUCUAAGCCAUUUUUUUCCUAUUGUACUCCAACCUAUCAUCAUCUACCUUCAUCGUAAGUUGAUUGUACUUUUUUUUUAUAUCACACACAGUUGCAGCUUUCCAUGUUUUUUGUUUUUAUAGUGGCUGUUUAUCUUCUCAAGUGGCAGCUCGGUUUCUCCUCCACGUGUAGAGGUGGUUUUAUUGCUAAGAAACAAGAUAUUUAGCCUGCUUCCUUUUGUGAGAACUCUCUCUCACACACACACACACCACACACACACACACACACACACACACACACACACACACACACACACACACACGACAGACUGCUGCAGGAGUGCAAUUCAAACACGCUGCACUCUGUGAAAGGCUUUAAAAGACUGUGAAGGAGAGACUGCUGUCCUGUGCCGGUCUUUCAUGUGAGACUUUAGAUCAAUUCUAGAACAUUUUCUCUCCGCCCCUGUAGUCUACUUACUCUAGAACGUGAUGGGUACAAGCGUCGGCCAAUCACAAGUCAAAGGGCAUGUAUUGUUGUGCUUGCAAGUUUAUCGUUUUUGAAUAUUCAGGAGUACUAAUUAGUGUAGUUUUGUAUUACGGCUCAAACUUGUUAGAAAAUAACCGUCCUCCAAAUCUUCUGUUGUUUAUAACAACCUCUUUCCCGAUUCCACUGAAGACUCCUUCUGCAGUAUACCCUCUCCUCCAGUGUGUGUGUGUGUGUGUGUGUGUGUGUGUGUGUGUAGUAUUCUUUUUGUUUAAGGAAUAGUUGAACAAUUUGGGAAACAUGAUGAAUCUGUCCAGCAUCAGUGUAAGGCACAGGUGUCAAACUCCGGUCCUCGAGGGCCGCUAUCCUACAUGUUUUAGUGUUCUCCCUGUUUCAAAGCACCUAAUUUCAUUCAGCAGGCGAUUAACAGGCUUCUUGAGAGCCUGAUGAGCUGCUGCACAGGUAAUCAACUGUGUUGGAACAGGGAAAGAACAAAAAUAUGCAGGAUAACUGCCCUCGAGGACCGGAGUUUGACACCUCUGGUGUAAGGGAACAAAACUCAUCGGUGUGUGUUCCACGGUGGGCUAUGGCUACUUCUUGGCUUCAUGGGUCUUGUUUUUAUGUUUUUCUUACAUUAGCAGGAACCUCCUCAGAUGUAGAUGUGAUCAAAGCCACCUGAUUCAGGCUCUGCUGUUAAUCAGAAUUCUCAGUAAAAUUACGAAUCAGAUCAUUUUUCCCAAAUUGGUUAAAUCAUUCCUUUUCCAAAUGACAGAUCAGGCAUUGGCAGAUUCAUUACCCUUCAUUGUCCCACGGAUGCUGGUGACCAGCCACCCUCUUGUGUCUUUAUCAUCAGUGCUCCAUAUGCGACUUAUUCAAGAAUGUGUGUGUUUUGCAUGUUUCCUAAUUGUCUGCUGUGUAAGUCAAGCCCCAUCGUCUGAAAGUUGUUGCCAGAUGUUUGCAAAGUGGGAGAGGGCUGAGGAAGCAGGCAAAACUGGACCCUUUAUUCUCUGGGAACAGUUUCAGUGCCAAACUCCUUUUUAUCUGUCUGUCUUCGGGGAUGCUGGACGUUGGUCAGUAUUGGUAACAAACGAAUCCACUUAUUAAAGAGUUGAAUCAUGCAGGAGGAGGAAUGGGUCCUGAGCUUGUCUGACAGUCCCACACGCUAAACGCGGGUGAUUUGUGUGUUUGACUUUUAUUUUGUCAUCGUGUCUGCGUAACUCGUCCUGGAUGUGCUCCAGACUCCAGAAACAUGAAUGUGAUGUUAAGAGUUGUAUUAAAUAGUAAACGAGCUGUUGUUGGUAGGUGAAACAUAGUGAGCUGUAAGGAAUGAAUUAAAUAUGUUUGUGAACGCCUGCGAAGCGCUCAUGUUUGUGUUUAAAUAUGACAUGUUAUGCUGUUUUUAAUGUCUGACCCCAGAACCAGAAAGAAGUGCUUAUAUACAUAUAAAUAUAUAUAUAUAUAUAUAUAUUACUCCAGCUCAGGUUUGUAGAGGAAACGGUCUGAUCCACAUAGUUUAUGGUCCAAUUCCAGAGCCAAAAACAGUUUGACAGUUCACUAAUGUCUGCUCUGUGUUUCAUGCUGUUUUCUGUCUUGUCAAAGUCAGCAGAUGUGCAACGUUAGAGGAAUCUGCCACCGCCUUUCACACCUUCUGUAGGCCCACUUUUCUCUGAGGUUUAUCCAGAAUCACCAUGGCGACCUGUAGAAGGUUACUUUCACAUUCAGUGUACCCAAAUCUGCUGCUGCUCUUUAUUUAUACAGGUAUAUACAGAGAUUUAAAUAUAUAUAAAUACGUAUAUACAUCUAUAUGAGAUCGCACACUUGCCUCGUCUUGCUCGAAAAUGUAUCCUGUUUACUUUCUUCUACAUUUUUGAGAACAACCGAAUAUGCAAUAGAAAUGACAGAUAAUCUAUCUCCUUCUCAUAACGAGCUCUGCUCUCCUCUUUUCUUUAAUGUUUUUACACAAUAUAAGCUACUUGCGUACGGGAGAUUCAUUUAUGACUUUUAUCUCUGCGGGCCAGAUUUUCAGAGUAUUCAGGAAACAAUAAAUCGGGCCCUCCGGACUCGCCGCUGAUGGCAGAUUUGACAUUUAUUAAACACGGUGACCAAAGCAAAUUUUAACAAAUGGAUCCUAGACUACAGAGCUAUGAAAGGAUGACAGAUGUACAGGUCUUUAUGAAACACCUUUUUUAGAAACAUGUCUUUGGUCAAACUGUGUAAUACUGUGAAUAGGACAGGACUCGUCUUUUUCAUACACCAACUGUUUGUGAAAGUAAUCAACCAGCUUGAAUCUAUAAAGAGAAGAUUGCACUACCCAAAUAUUGUUUGAAAGUCUAUUUUGUAUAAAACAUAUGCAGACAAUAACCGAGUUUCAAAAGGGCGGAUCAUGUUUCACCGGUUCAUGCUUUUAUCUAAAAAAGCUUCCUGUUUGUUUUUGCCUAAAACAAGUUUAAUAUGUACAUAUAAUCCAUUGUAAAGAAAAUGUGGUGUAUGUGUCUUCAGGUAGCUUUUUCAGUACCUAGCCCUCUGUAUUAUUUCUCUCUAGUGUGACUCUUGUUGAUCUUUUCCUCUGUUGAUUAAAGGUUGACCCGCA